AUGCGUGGUCCGCUCCCAUACUUCGGUGCCGGGGUUCCUGUGGAAAGCCAUUGGGAUUCCCCCACCUCACGGAGCCUCGAGAAGUGGAUGGGAGAUACGGGAGAGGGGACGGUGGUUCGGCUGGAGGGUUUGGCGGGGUGGGGUAAGACGACCGUGAUGCAAAUAGCAGCGCGGGAAGCAAAGACGUUGCUCGUGAGAGUCCCAGGAGAUGAGAACGGCUUCGUCAACGAGCUGAUACUCAAGUGCUCACGAAAGGUGUUUGACCUGGGGAACGGGGGCGAGAACGUGACGGUUGGGGACGUUAUGGAGCAUCUGAAGCCGCUCGUCGCAACGAGCUUCUGGACCCUGCUGUACACAGCCGCGGCGAGCGUCUCUGCAGCCAGGGAGAGUCAAGCGCAGCCGGAGAUCCUGCUUCUGAGCUCCAGAGAGGUCUUCGCCACACACCCCGUCUCCGAGGCCUUCCGUUUGCCGCUCUCUUCGAAUGACCGACUCGUCCUCAUGUUUGACAACAUGGAAUGCCUAGAGACUAGAAAGCAUAGCAGCCCUCUAGAGCCAAAAGCUACGGCGGUGCUAGAAGACUGGGGCGUCUACACUUUUGUCUCGCUCGCGCUUGAAGUCGCGCGCGCGUACGCGCUCAACCCGCGCCUGCGCGUCGCCUUCUCCCUGAACCAAAUGGACGGGGCUGAGCACCUCCCGCUUAUGGACGACGCCCCGUCUCUUUUCCCCCGGGGGGUCUCGCUCAGGCUCUUCCCGGUCCCCUUCCCCAGCCUUCCAAGUUCGCACCAAGUCUUGCGUGUGCUCCAACGCUACUUGGGGGGGGACCGCAAGAGCCCCGGCGUCUGUCUAGACAGCCUGGCGAAGCAGCUCGUAGGCCCCCCCCGAAUUUUAAAACAACUCCUGGUGCUGGUCAGGCCGAGCGCGGAUGAGCCGGUGACGGCAGCAGAGGUGGAGACGGCGCUUCUUGAACUGGAGGACACGCAUCAUAGAGAAGUUAUUGACACUCUCAGCCUCUGUAGCCCCUGGCAAACGCCCCUGCUUGAAGCAGUGUGUAACGUGUGGAAGGCCCUCAAGGCCACCCGCAAGCUAGAGCCAAACGCCGCAAGCUGCUUUACUUUGCCGGAACCGCCCCCCCCUGGCUGGAACAUGGUUGAGCGCUCGGGCAUUCUCACGUGUCGGGAGGGCAAAGAGGGCGGCCUGGUUGUCCCAGUGUACCACUUCUUGGCGACACUCCUCCAGAGUUUGGAAGAUGUUCCAUACGGAAGUUAG